AUGGCACACAACCGCAAGACAAUCCUCCUCGAUGAGGGGUGGCCACAUAUGAUGGCCGGCUUCGAAAAGCUCAAGCUCAUCCUCGCCGGUGAACCCGGCGUCGCCUUCGCCUCCGACGAGUACAUGCACCUCUACACUACAAUAUACAAUAUGUGCACGCAGAAGCCUGCGAAUGACUACUCGGCGCAGCUCUACGAAAGGUACCAAAACCUUUUGGACGGCUAUAUCACUGCCACCGUGCUGCCGUCCUUGCAGGACAAGCACGGUGAGUUCCUGCUGAAGGAACUGGUGGUCAGGUGGAAAAACCAUAAGCUAAUGGUCAGGUGGCUCAGCAGGUUUUUUUACUACCUUGACCGCUACUUUAUUACACGGAGGUCACUCAUGCCCCUUAAAAAAGUUGGUUGGGAUUCCUUCAAAACUCGGGUUUUUGACAACCAUAAAGCAACAGUGACAUCGAUUCUGAUUGCCAUGGUUGACGAGGAUAGGGUGGGACAGAUUAUAGAUCGUACUCUUGUCAAGAAUGUUCUUGACAUCUAUAUUGAACUUGAUUCUGAUUCUGGGUCAAAACUUUACAACGAGGACUUCGAAGAUGUCUUUCUGAAGGCUACAAUAGAUUACUAUUCUAGGAAGGCCCAAGCCUGGAUUGUGGAGGACACUUGCCCUGAAUACAUGGUUAAGGCAGAGGAGUGUUUACAAAAAGAGAAGCAACGAGUUGCACAGUAUUUGCAUGCUAAUACUGAACCGAGGUUGAUGGAGGAUGUGCAAGGAGAAUUGCUAGCUAGGCAUAUAGAGCAAAUUCUGAGGAAACAGAACUCUGGAUGCAAAGUGUUGCUCUGUGAUGAAAAGGUUGAAGAUCUUUCAAGGAUGUUUAGUCUCUUCUCUAGGAUUAAUGGUGGCCUGACUCCAGUAUCUAAAAUAUUCCAGGAGCAUGUCAAUGAAGUGGGCAUGUCUUUGUUGAAACAAGCAAUAGAUGCUGCUACCAGCAAAAAGAAUGAGAAGAAAGAUGUAGUGAGUACGCUGGAACUGGACUAUGUGCGGAAAAUCUUAGAUCUCCACGACAAAUACAUGGCAUAUGUCGUCAACUGUUUCCAAAACCAUACACUAUUUCACAAGGCACUUAAGGAGGCCUUUGAAGUUGUUUGCAAUAAAACUGUUGCUGGUUGCUGUAGUGCUGAAUUGUUCGCAGCAUACUGUGACAGUAUUCUUAAAAAAGGUGGAUGUGAAAAACUUGGUGACGAAGCAAUUGAAGAGAACCUUGAUAAGGUUGUGAAGCUGCUCACAUUCAUCAGCGAUAAGGACCUCUUUGUUGAGUUUCAUAGGAAAAAGCUAGGAAGGAGAUUGAUCUUUGAUAGGAGUGGCAAUAGUGAUCAAGAGCGAAGCUUGCUGUCCAAGCUAAAGCAGUAUUUUGGAGCGCAGUUUACUUCAAAAAUGGAGGGCAUGAUCAACGAUGUCACAGUUGCAAAAGAUAAGCACACAGACUUAGAAAAUUACAUAAGAACGAACCCAGAAUUAAAUCCUAAAGUAGACCUGAGUGUUCAGGUUUUGACAACAGGAUACUGGCCAACUUACAAAAGCACUGAUAUAAACCUUCCUUCAGAGAUGGUUAAAUGUGUGGAGAUUUUCAGUAAAUUUUAUCAUUCCAACACGGAUCGAAAAAGAAAGCUUAAUUGGAUUUAUUCUUUGGGUAAUUGCACCGUUGUUGGGAAUUUCAAAGCCCAAAAAAUUGAUCUGAUUGUUACAACUUAUCAGGCUGCACUCCUGUUGCUAUUCAACGAGUCUGAAAGACUAAGUUUCUUUGAGAUCGUGACACAAUUAAACCUUUCUGAAGAUGAUACUGUGCGUCUGCUUCAUUCACUGUCAUGUGCAAAGUACAAGAUUCUCAACAAGGAGCCAAAUAGCAGAACAAUUUCCCCAAAGGACGACUUUGAGUUCAACCACAGAUUUACCGAUAAGAUGCGCAGGAUAAAGGUACCACUUCCUCCAUCCGAUGAGAAGAAAAAGGUAAUCGAAGAUGUUAACAAGGACAGGAGGUUUGCGAUUGACGCAGCACUAGUGCGUAUUAUGAAGAGCCGCAAGAUCAUGACCCACCAGAAUCUCGUUGCGGAAUGUGUGCAACAGCUCAGCCGCACGUUCAAGCCUGAUAUCAAAAUGAUCAAGAGAAGGAUUGAGGACCUUAUCACCAGAGAAUACCUGGAACGCGAUAGAGACGCGCCGAACUCAUAUCGAUACUUAGCUUGA